ACAUAAAAAGCCACACAUUCCACUCUCAUUCCUCAUACUUUGUCCUCUGACAACCUAAAGUGAAGUGCAAACACACGAUCCCAUUAUGAAAGAAGAAACAACCACCACAACCAUCAUGGCUGCACUCUCUACUCUCACUCCUCCCCAGCUCUCAGAUCUCACCCACUCCAUUUUCUCAGAUAUCCACCACCGCCACCACCGCCUCUCAGCUCUCCUCACCUCUCCCACUCUCUUCUCCCUCACUCUCCACCACCUCCACUCUCUUUCUCUCCCACAAAAAACCCUCCUCAUUGCUCGCAACCUCCUCUCUUCCCUUCGCCACCUCACACUUCACCUCCACCCCAAACCAUAUUCAUCACCGCCUCCAAUACCCUCCAACACACUCAAGCAAAAAGACCUCGACGCAAUUUUACUCCUACUACUACUCUGUGAAACUCGCCAACACAAUCCAGAGUCUCUAGAAACCGAGUCUCCCGCCGAAUGGCGCGGAAUUUUAAGUAAACUAGUCUCUGACACCAUGUUGAGGAAUUCUGGUAUUGGGUUCUAUAAUGGGUCGGUGUUGAUUCCGUACAUUGAAAUGGUGACGAGGUGUUGGAGGUUUGUGGGUGAAAUGGGUUAUUGCUGUGAUCAUAAUAAUGGUGAUGGGAAGAUGGGGAGAGAGGUGGCGGCGUCGGCGGCGGCAGUGGUGGCUCUGCCAUCUGUGGAGGUGAGAGGCGGUGGUGUUGAGUGUGUGAUAUGUAAGGAGGAGAUGAGAGAAGGGAGAGACGUGUGUGAGUUUCCAUGCGAGCAUUUGUUUCAUUGGAUUUGCAUUUUGCCAUGGUUAAGGAAGAGGAACACGUGUCCUUGCUGUCGGUUUGAGCUUCCUACUGAUGAUGUUUUCGGAGAGAUCCAACGGCUGUGGGACGUUCUGAUCAAGGUGGGUAAUAGGAGCUUCGAUGUAUGAUGAAUGUAGGUGAUCAUAGAUUGCAUGUUCUUCACAAUCAUGACUUAGAUGAUCUACACGUGUCAAAAUCGGAUAGUGUUUUGGCCAUGAAGAGUUGAAGACUGAAAGAUCAAGAUGGUUCGGUUCUGAUGAAUGGUUGUGAAUUGUGAUGGAUGGAUUUUGUAGAGUAUAGAUAAAUUGCUUGUUUUUGUGAUAGAAACACCUGUGGUUAAGGUUAGAGGCAUUUAUUGUGGAUUUGUAUCUAAAUAAAAUGACAAAGGUGAACAGAUAUUUAUAGAUUAA